UCUUUCUAUCCCCCAUCUUGCCCCGUCUCUCGCUGACUUCCAGUGCACCCAUUCGUCCCCGUCGUCGUCCCCCGCAGAUCAGUAGCAUAGUCCACCAUGACCGCCAAAGUUUACGUCGGCAAUUUGUCCUGGAAUACAACCGAUGAUACUCUCCGUAAAGCAUUUUCCGACUAUGGCCAGGUCGUUGAUUCUAUUGUCAUGCGCGACCGCGACACAGGCCGCUCUCGAGGCUUCGGGUUUGUGACAUUUAGCAGUGAGACUGAGGCGACUGGCGCCAUCAGUGCCCUCAACGAACAAGAGUUCGAGGGCAGGCGUAUCAAGGUCAACUUCGCCAAUGCGCGCCCUCAACCUAGUCAGUCUUCUGGAGGCUACAAUUCUGGUGGCGGUAUGAGUGGCUAUGGCGGUGGUUACGGCGGUGGUGGAUUUAACCCAGGUCCCGGCUUUGGUGGAGGCUAUGGUGGAGGAGGCUUCCCCCAGCAAGGAUACGGAGGCUACCAGCAACAAGGCGGCGGUCCAGGCUACUAGGCCUCGCGCCCUUGGUUUUCUUGUUCGCGGCUCCGAAUCCAUAUCUCUUUGUCUCUUGCUCGCAACCCCCUUCAUCGGUGUCCGUAAAAUAUGUCGUUUCUAUUUGUUUUAAGUCGUAACGCCUUAUGCUUCCCAUUCGUGUAUAUAAACAUUAUGUGAGGCUUCCGUCGCCCGUCGUCCCGUGGACAGCUCCGUUGAUCUUGCAUUGGGGCUACCCCGGUACUGCGUUUUUAUCGAUCCCUCCCUACUUUUCUUGUCUUUCCUCGCCUCGUCUGCCGCGCCUGUUAUCUCUUUCUGUCCCGUCCCCUCAUCAUCUUCCUCUGGUCCGUUCGUCCAAAAAAUGUAACUGUAACCGUACGAUGCCUCGUUUACGUUCUCGUGUCCGUUCGUUUUCGUCUCAUCUCGCACUGUUCUUCCGUGGUCGUUACACAAAGGUCUCUCUCCCGCACACACUCACUCCCCCAAUGUAUUCCAUAGCGCGCGCGUCUAGGCAUAUCGAGUCAUACU